GGCAGAAUUCACAUGUGAGGUGGAUAUUUUAUCAUUUAUCAUUGUCGUCGGAGAAAUUAUUGUCAUUUGUGUAAAACGCAAACGCUGUGUGUUGAGGCUCACUAGUAGCAGUGAGCCCAGCAGAUGUUGAGUUGCAUUUGUUUAUGUAGCACCAGACUCUUUUCUCCAAAUCCCAUCGCCGGAGCGUUGAAAUUGAAUUCAAACGCUGUGUGUUGAGGCUCACUAGUCGGAGCAACUUGUCAGUUACAGCUAUGGAAGCUCCUCCUCAGACAAAACAACCCCAUAAUAACUCCUUUGAAUUCGAUGGUUUUCUCUCCAACAAACCCUACAACCCUCCCUCCUGGGCCUCCCAUCUCAACCCCAUUCCCUCUCACAUCUUCUCCUUCGGAAACUUUCCUGCUCCAAUUCACAAAUGGAACCUUCCUAAUUUGCCCAACAACACUCAAGUUUGGUUGAAGCGUGAUGACCUUUCAGGAAUGCAGUUCAGUGGUAACAAGGUCAGGAAACUGGAAUUCUUGAUGGCAGAUGCUGUGGCACAGGGGGCAGACUGUGUUAUAACUAUAGGAGCCAUCCAAAGCAAUCACUGCCGGGCUACUGCUGUAGCUGCCAAGUACUUGAAUCUAGACUGUUACCUUAUACUGUUCACCUCGAAGGUUCUUGUGGACAAAGAUCCUGGAUUGACAGGCAAUCUCUUAGUUGAGCGUUUGGUUGGAGCCCAUAUUGAUCUUGUUUCAAAAGAAGAGUAUGCAAAAAUUGGGAGCUUGGCUCUUACUAGUUUGCUAAAAGAAAAGUUGGUAAGUGAAGGGAGAAAGCCAUAUGUCAUUCCUGUUGGUGGAUCAAAUUCUCUUGGAACCUGGGGUUAUAUUGAAGCAAUUAAAGAGAUAGAGCAGCAGCUCCAAAGUGGGAAUAGCGAAGCAGGGUUUGAUGACAUUGUUGUUGCAUGUGGCAGUGGAGGUACGAUUGCUGGUUUGGGGAUUGGAUCAUGGCUGAGUAAAUUGAAGGCAAAAGUUCAUGCAUUUUCUGUAUGUGAUGACCCUGAUUACUUCUAUGAGUAUGUUCAAGGCCUACUUGAUGGACUCCAAGGAGGUGUUAGUUCACGUGAUAUAAUUGACGUUCAAAAUGUGAGUACAUUAUUCAGUUAGCUGAUAUCAAUUUGG